AAAGAUACGUGAGAGGGGAGGCGUCUCCGCGCAAGCCCAGCGGAGGAAGAGGCGUGGCACCCAAGAGGGCGAGCGAACCUCUGAAGAGGCGUGGCUUCAAAAUGGGAGCGCGGAAGACGACGAAGAGGAGGAAGAAGAGGAGGAGGAGGAAGAAAAAGAAAGAGGUGCCGGCGGUCCGCUGCCUCCGCGCGUGCGCAGAUGCUCGGCAAGCCAAACGCAGGGAAGCGCCUGAGGAGAUCAUUGAAGGGGGAGAGGGGGCGGGGCGUCGGCUGGGCGCGAGACUGAAGUUGCUUGCCCGCCUUUCCCUCCCCCCCUCCGUCUUGAAAACGCUCCCCCUUCUCGCGGCUGGCCCUCGCGCGUGCGUACUCCGCUCGUGACCCCUCCCCUCACGGCAUCCCCUGUAGUCGUCCGCGUCGUCCUCCUCCUCCUCCUCCUCCUGUCAGUGGCCACCUGAGGGAGCCGCUCUUUUCCUCUUCCCCCAUCCCCCCCCAGCCAGGCCCGGCCCGGCCCUGUGAGUUGGAGAAGAAGAAGGAGGUGGCGGCGUCGACGACUUGAGGUUCCUUGACUUUCGAUCAACCUGCCAAAAGAAUUACACGGUUCUUCCUUCAGAACUCAUGAACAUCCGCAGCAGUGAGGCAAAGCGAGAGAGGAGAGUCCCUUCGCCUGACGUAAUAGUACUAUCGGACAACGAGCCGUCAAGCCCAAGAAUGAAUGGAUUAACCAAAAUAGCAUUAAAAGAGACCAGCACAGAAGUGCUAAUGAAAAGCAGCCCAGAGGAACGGGAACGAAUGAUUAAACAGCUAAAGGAAGAACUUCGGCUAGAAGAAGCCAAACUUGUCUUACUGAAAAAAUUACGACAAAGUCAGAUACAAAAGGAAACAACAGCCCAAAAGCCUGCUGGUUCUUCAGGAAAUGCCGUAGCAACACCUCCCCCAUUAGUGCGGGGAACACAGAACCUUGCAUCCAGCAAGUCAGCCCUUCUACAGAACGCAUCUUCACGUAUUCCUGGAACUGUUAUUCCUCCUCCUUUGAUCCGGGGUGGGCAGCAGACCUCUUCAAAGCUGGGCUCUCAGCAGAAUGCACAAAUAGUCAUGCCACCUCUAGUCCGAGGAGCACAGCAAAUCCACAACAUCCGCCCGCACUCCAGCUCGGUGCCUCCUCCGCUGGUCCUAGCUCCACGGGCUUCCGUUCCCAGCGUGCAGAUCCAGGGUCAGCGGAUCAUACAGCAGGGUCUCAUCCGCGUAGCCAAUGUCACAAAUGCGAGUCUUUUGGUCAACAUCCCGCAGGCCUCCCCGACUUCAUUGAAAGGGGCAGCUGGGACAUCCGCCCAGGUGAACGCUUCGACCGCCACCAGCGUUGCUUCCAUCGUCAACUCGAACGACUCUCCUGCCAGUCGGCAAGCAGCUGCUAAGUUGGCCUUGCGGAAACAGCUGGAGAAAACCCUGCUGGAAAUUCCUCCACCCAAACCUCCGGCUCCUGAAAUGAACUUCCUGCCCAGUGCAGCUAAUAAUGAGUUCAUCUACCUGGUUGGGUUGGAGGAAGUGGUGCAGAACCUACUAGAAGCUCAAGGUAAAGUCUCUGUCAGCCCCUCCUCGCAGGAGCCCUACACCUGCGUCCAGUGCAAGACGGACUUCACCUGCCGCUGGAGGGAGGAGAAGAGCGGCUCCAUCAUGUGCGAGACGUGCAUGUCCUCCAAUCAGAAGAAGGCGCUGAAGGCCGAGCACACGAGCCGGCUGAAGGCUGCCUUUGUGAAGGCCUUGCAACAGGAGCAGGAGAUCGAGCAGCGGAUAUUGCAACAGGCCGCCUCCCCCAUUCAGAGCAAGCCAGAACAGAUCGCUCAGCAGCAUCACUCGCUCAAGCAGGCCUCCAGCCAGCUGCCCCGAAGUGCCAGCACCCCUCGUGGAGUCUUGCAUGCAUUUAGCCAGUCGCCCAAGUUGCAGAACGCCUCCGGUGUGGCCGUACUUGGUGGCAGGCAAGGUAAGCGUGCUCAGAGACCCAUCGGAAAAGGAGGUGCUUACACUUGGAAGAAGACACCCGUCAACGCAGGAGGGACGUUGAACUUCGUUAACCCUGGUCUCACUGUGCACAAAACCACCUCCUCAGCCGUAGAUCGCCAGCGCGAAUAUCUCUUGGAUAUGAUUCCUCCGCGGUCCAUCCCUCAAUCGGCCACAUGGAAAUAACGCAAAAACCUCCGCCCCGAGUGGAAGACUUCAAAAAAAAAUUUUUUUUUUUGUCUAUUACACCUUCUUGGGUUUUCCCCCCCCCCCCCCUUCUUCUUCUCCUUUUGAUUCUGCCAUCCUUUCCUCCGAAAUCUCUCCACGCAGUGGAAAAGCCGCUUUCAAGUCUAACUGGAUCUGCCUGCGGGGUUUGCCGGAAAGUAUUUUUUACAUAUAUAUAUAUAUAUUUUUGCGCCAGUCCCCCAUCAGGGGCUACUUUGCUUCCUGCUGGAUAGAAUGGACGCUCGAAAGGGUGGUAAUGAACAUUUAGGCUACCGAGUUCUUGCAAACCUUUUUUUUUGGCUGAUGGUUAAGACCAUCCCCGAGGAGAAUCUCAAUUUAAUAUUAUUGUUUUCUCUGUGUAUUUUGUCUCUUUAGUUUGGGGGUUGUUAUUAUUUUCUCUCUCUCUCUCUUUUUUUUUUUUGGAUCAGCACUAGUAUGGAACAAGGACUCUUAUGCAAGAGAAUUUGAUGGCUCAAUUGCUUCCGGUCUCGGUCCCUUCCCUUCUUACAUGCCAUCUCUCUCUCUCUCUUUUUUUUUUAAGUUACCUUAGCUGAAUUUUACUUUGGUUGAUCAUACAGUGGCCCUUCGUGACCAACGAUGUACUUCACCCAUUCAUAGAAAGCAGAAGUGGGACCUGGCAACAUUGGCAGGGGGAGGGACAAAAACCCAGAAAGCUGGACUGGUUUUCUCUAAACCCCACUGUAAUUCCUGAGGAGGCUCUAUUCCAAAAAGAUAACGGCAGGAGCUUGGCGUUUGGUUUGGAGGUUUCAUUUUGUUUUCUUUUUAACCCAGUAAUAACUUAACAUUACGAGCAAAUGCAGACGGACUUGCCACCGCCGGAAGAAAUGGAGCAACCGAACACAGGAUGUGCAUCUUCUUGUUUUUGGGGGUUUCUUUCUUUCUUCUUCUUCUUUUUUUUUUAAUAAAUAGAAUCUUGUUUCAGACAGAUGUUUCUGCUCUGGACCCUUUGCUGGCUUAAAGAAUUACUGGACAGUUUAUAUAAAAGAGCUUCUCUACUGAAUCUCCUCCAUCUGAAACGAAUGAACAGGUUGUCGUUUUGUUUUUUUGUUUUUUAAAAAAUAGAAAAAUAUGAAAAAAUAAGUCUGAUGCUCCCAAAGAGAAAAAGUGAACCGUGUGGAGAUGAAUAUUUUUUUUUCCUACAAAAAAAAAAGCAGGAUCUGAUUGAAUCUCCCUUCCCCCUUUUCAAUUUUUUUCUAGAAAGGUUUUUACUUGCCUGUCUUAAGAACGGUGUGCAAUUUAGUCAUGUGGAGCAGAAGGGACCAGAGAAGUACAUUUUUUUUGUGUUUAAAAAAAAAAAAAGAAAUAAAUAAAAACAACACCACGAGACAUAAGUCCACAUUCUCUCUUGCUACCAGUUGUUGGGGGAGGGGGGGAGAAACAGCCUUGUCAUUGGGGAACCAUUAUAUUACUGGUGCCCUCCAUACAAUGUUGGACUGAGCUCCCAUAAUUCCCAGCCAGGGGCACAAGUAGAGGGUGCCUAGUGUAGGAAACAAAAAAACAAAGCACAGGGUCUCCGGCUUUAUCAGCUCAACAUGGGUGCAAAAAUCGGUUGUCUCUGGUAUGUUCAAUCCCAUCCUUAGAAAUGUAACUGAUUUUUACUACUAGCAUCUUGACCAGAGGUCUCCAAACUUGGGCACUUUAAGACUUGUGGACUUCAACUCCCAGAAUGCCUCAGCCAGCAAAGAAUUCUGGGAGUUGAAGUCCACAAGUCUUAAAAGUGCCCAAAUUUGGAGACCCCUGAUCUUGACUAAUGUUGGCUUUAAACCGCACUUCCCCUGGCCCCCUGCCAAAUUCAGUGAAAUACGGGGGGGAAUGUCUUAGUCUUAUUUUUCCCCUUUAAUGCCAUUUUUUUUUAUAGUAGAGGCAGAAGUACAGACCUUUCUAUACCUAUUCAUACUAGCGUAUUGGUACUAGAUCUAGUGCUGAUAUAAGAGUUUGUUGCAAAAAAAAUUAUAUAUAAACAAAUGCAUAUAUAAAUAUAAAUAUAUAUAAAUAUAUAUAUAAGACUAUAUAUAAAACAGGGUGGGAGGGGAUUAAUACUGUGCAGGCAAACCUUUUUUGGGGUCUGGUAUUUUGUUAGCUACAAGUGAGAUGCCUAAUUUAAGAACAGACCUACCAAUGUUACUGUUAUCAGGAAGGGCUCCCGUUCCAAUGACAGCUCUUGCAUUUUAAUAAAAAAGUUCCUCCUAAUUCCCCCUUUUUUCCUCUUCUGUAAGCUUGAGAAUAUUUAGAUAUGUUUUAAAGUUCUGGUGGAUAGCAAGCGUUAUAGGGUUUUAAUUAUUAUUUUUUGUACACAGUUCAUCUGAAUUUCAGUGUUCGUGGUGGGGCCUGCUUUUGUUUGUACAUCAAAACUAUUGCUUUACCCUCCAUCCUCACCUUUGAAUUUAGUGGGCUUUAAAAGCAUUCUUGUUGAUUUUCUACCCAAAGUUAAGAUACCUUAAUACCAUUGUUUUCUCUCUCUCUCCCUCUCUCUCUCUCUCUUCCCCCCCCCUCUCUCUCUCUUGCACUUCAGUUCCAUAUAGAAGUUUGCACCAGUAUAAACAAUUGGAGUUCCAUUCUCCUAAAGAACCUAUCUCAUUUCCAGAUUAACCCCAAGACUUCUCUGAUGGGUCAAGUAGACUUAAAACUGGUAUGAAGCUGUAGUGUAGACAUAACUGUUAAAUUUCUCUGGCGUUUUUCCCCCCCACGUUUGCAUCAUUGGUCUGCCUUAGAUCGGAUGUGAAUCGAGGUUUCCAUUUCUGAAAUUCUGGCCUUGCUUUUUGCGUAGGAGCUGGAUUAACUUACAAAUCAGGAAAGAUAGGUUUGUCCACGUGACGUUUUAAAGCUGGAGCAGUUUGACCAACAGUUGUGAACCUGUGUUUCCAAAAGCCAUUUCUUUUUUAAAAAGAUGAAAACCCCCAAGCCGUGUCAGAAAUCUCUUUUUGAUCGGGGUUGGAAUUGUCCAGGAAAUUUUGGAGGUCCAGAAAAAUAAAUCUUUUAACUUGAA